UAGCGGUUUCAUUCUCACCAUGCGUUCUCGCACAUUUUGGGUGAAGAAGUGGUUCCUCUGCCUUAUGGGAACCUCCUCCACCUCACCUUCUACGGGUUUCAGCAGCUCCGAGGGAUCCGAGCCUGACAUCCGGAAGAAACGCUCCAUCCUUAAUGCAACUUCAAUGGCGAUGCCUCCUCGUCCACCGUGAAUACCGGAUCUGCCCCAAAUCUAAGCAAAAUAACAUAGCCACACAACCGAUCGAGCCAAGGGGGGCACAAACCCUAACCGUUGGUUCUCCUCCGUCUGGAAGGAAAAGGGGAGGACUGGGUCCAGAAACUCGAACCUUGGAGAGAAGAGGGCGACGGUGCAGAAGGUGCUGCGUAGGUGAGGGUUCCGUCUUCGAAUCACGGCGUCGUGCUGGACAAUCCAAUAGGAGGUGAGAUCGACGGCGAAGCUCGCGGAGGAAGUCGACGCCCUCAUUGCGGGCAUAGGGCUUCAGAAGGUCCCAGAAGCGCCCAGGAGAAUCAAGCAAGCAGAAAAGAGAGGGAAGAUCGCGGGACGGGGAAGAGCCGAAGGAUUUUAGGGAUCCUUGGUGAUGGCACUACUGUAUAUUUCAAUCGACGCUAGCUGAUUUAUGGAACCUGAAGUAACAGCCAAGGAACAUGGGCUGCUCGACGCGAUUGUAUAUGGCUCGGGUUUGUGUGGAAAUAGAUCUCUUAAAGCAUAAGAUUGAAGAAUUUUGGAUUGACAUUGGGGAGGAAAAGAGGUUACAGAAAGUGAUUUUUGAAAAACAUCCUAAUUAUUGUGUUGAUUGUUUGCAUCUGGGCCAUUCUGCUGAUGACUGCUAUGCUAAUGGUAAGAAGCCAACACCUAUGUGGAGGUCUGAUAAUAUGGAGAUCAUUGUAGAUAAUGAGGAUUUGAGGGCAGUUUUAAAUCAGAAAAGGAGUGCUGGGAAAGGAAAAGAAAUUUCUGGUGAUUUGAAGGAGUCAAAUCUGGAUGGUAUUAAUAAUAAAGAGGUAGCAAAUAUGGUAUGGAUUCAGAAAAGAGGAAGUUCUAAUAAUUUGGAAAUGGCGACCAAAGUGGAUGGUGUUGAUGAAGUAGUUUUCAACUUCUUUGUGCAUUGGAGAAAGUGGAGCAUAGUUCCAUACAAGAAGAAUUACUUUUGAACAGGGAAGUGACAAUUAGUAAUACAGUUGGUAUUGUUCAAGAUAGGAGCCAGAAUAAAUUUGCUGAGGGGAAGGAAAGUGGUUUUUUGAUUGAUGAAGAAUUUUCUGAGAGGGGGAAGUAGUUGGAUCUUUAGAUGCUAUCUCUGAUUUAAAUGUGGUUGAUAAUCAUACAAAUCAGAAAGAUAGUAUUUUGAAUGAAGAUGGUGUUAUGUUGUGUGCUGGUUCGAUGCAAACAUUGGCUGGUCAUAAAGAAAAGGUGAAGACUCUCAAUCAGGCUGAGGUGGUUAAAGUUAAAAAGGCUGGUUCAGUUUCUGAGCAAAGAGAGUUGUCAAAUUUGGGUCUUCUAGCUAUGCCAACCUUAUCCGAAAAGGUUCAUUUGUGGAUACAGAUGAGGAUGAUACAUCCAUUUAUGGACGUCUACAAUGAAAUUCUUCCCUAUCAGAAUUUUCUAGCAUGAUCCUUGAGAAAGAUGAAGUUGUGCAUAAGAAUUUGGUUCAGGUUGUUAAUCAAAGGGUUACUCGAAGUAAAACUAAGAGCUGCUUCUUCUAAAAAAUAAAUGCCUGGGAUAAUAUGGAAUAUUAGGGGCAUUGGAAAUGCCUCUUCUUUUAGGAGAGCAUUGUUUCUGAAAAAUUAUCAUCAUGUUAAUUUUAUGGGUAUUCUUAAGCCUUUUGUCUCUUUUGAUGCUUCUUUUUACACUAGUAGGUUGGGUUUUAAUCAUGGUAUUUCAAAUUGUUCUGGUAAAAUCUGGUUUCUGUAUGAGAACAGUUUUUACAUUUUAAGUUACAAUCUCAUAUUUUCCCUAUUAGUAUACUAGUUUCUGUGGUUUAUGCUAAAUGUACAAGAAUUGAAAGAAUUGUUCUUUGGGAUAAGCUUUUAGAUAUUAAAUCUGAUGGUGAUGAUUUUUGGUUGGUGGGUGGAGAUUUUAAUGUUAUUACUGGGCCCAGUACUCUGCUGGAAUUCUUUCUAAUUUGGGAGUAGUGGAUGAUUUUAAUAAUUUUUUGAUGUUAUCUGGUUUAUUGGACGCUGGCUUUGUGGGGGACAGAUUCACAUGGACUAACAAUAAAAUUUGGAAGUGGUUGGAUAGAAUACUUACAUCUUCUUCUUGGAAGAAUCAUUUGUUUUCAGUUCGGGUGGAGCAUUUAAGCAGAGCUGGUUCUGACCACUGUCCGUUAUUCAUUACUUUUCCUGGUUUUUCUCAGCAGGUAUCAUCAUUUCGUUUUCAAAAUAUGUGGAUCAAACAUCACAAUUUUUUGCUUACAGUUAGGCUGAAUUGGAUGUUGCCUUGCGAUGGUUAUGGUCUUCAUAAAUUGCAAUUUAAGCUUAAGAGAUUAAAAGCUCAUUUGAAAUGGUGGAAUAUUGAUGUUUUGGGGAAUAUUCAUGAUAAGGUAAAGCAAGCUGAAGAGGAUUUUUUGGUUGCUCAAAAAUAUUCCCUAUAAGGUAAAGCAAGCUGAAGAGGAUUUUUUGGUUGCUCAAAAGUCUUUUGAUCUUGAUCCCAAUGAAGGGAAUAAAUUGAAUAUGGCUAAGAUGCAGACUUCUUUGUUUCAAAUAUUGUAUAUGGAGGAGGUAUUCUGGAAGCAAAAGCGGUUAGGUGGAUGGUGAAGGGGAUCAAAACACCAAUUUUUUUUCAUAAUAUGGUUCAGAAAAAGAGAAUGGCAAAUAGGAUAUUUCAGAUAUGGGAUUAAGGGGAUUUGUUUGGACAAUCCAGAGCUUAUUCAAGAUUCGGCUGUUUUUUUUUUGUAGGAUCUGUUGACUGGAACAGAUUUUGAUUGUUCAGAGAUUGAUUUAAAGCAUAUUCCUUCUUUGAUUAGUGAUAAUGAUAAUUCAGUAUUAUGUACACUACCUUCUAUGGAGGAGAUUAAGCAGGUUGUUUUGGAUAUAUGUGAAGAUAGUGCAGCUAGUCUAGAUGGUUUUUCUGUGACCUUUUAUGUUGCUUGUUGGGAGAUUAUUAAGGAGGAUGUGUAUCAAGCGGUCUUGGAUUUUUUCAGGGGUGGGCAUCUUCCUAAGGGAAUGGCUGCAACAACCAUUGUCCUUAUACCGAAGUUAAUAGUCCAUAGCAGUGGCAAGAUUUUAGGCCAAUUAGUCUGUGCAAUGUUUCGAAUAAGAGUAUCUCUAAAUUGAUUGCUAUUAGAUUGGGACAAUUUCUGGAAAAAAUUAUAUCUCCUUGGCAAAGUGACUGUGUCAGGACGGUUAAUAUCAGAUAAUAUUCUUUUGGCCCAGGAGCUUAAUCAUAAAUUGAAUUAUCAUGUGAGAGGUGGGAAUCUAAUAUUAAAGCUUGAUAUGGCGAAAGUGUAUGAGAGGGUGCAAUGGUGUUUUCUAUUCAAUAUAAUGGCAGCUUUUGGAUGUUCUAAUUCUGUUAUUGAUGUUAUUAGAAGA